AUGAAGGGGCGAAUCUCUAAUGAACGGUUUGUGCACACGUCACACUCGGACAUGGAGUUGUAUUACAGCUUGGCAAGCUCUGUGCCGGUGCAAAACAUGUCUUUGCUAGACCUGCCAACGCUCUGGAACGCCUCAGGCGUGGAGGCUCUUGACUCAGACCUGUUUGAGUACUUUUGCUGUGUAGCGUCCGGAUCCCUGCCUACCUUUGGCCACGACGCCACCGCCCUGAGAAAUAUCCUGGUCCGAACUGCACUGGAAGGGGAAACGGCCUCGGCUGCGGCCGUGCUCCAGGCCCUGCUGGCGUUUUCUUCGCUGCAUCGCUACGGCCUACAGCCCCAAGCCCUCGAACUCAAAAUCACUGCGCUGGGGAGUUUGGCAAAAGGGUCUUUCACGCCCGGUCUUGGCACGAAAGAGACCAUCGAGCAUAUUGCCGCGGGCAUGCUGCUCUCCUCCUUUGAAGUCCACCAGUCAUCCUGCACAUCAGGCCAUUGGACUGGAUACCUCGGUGGAGUCAAGACCAUCACUGACAUGUCCUCUGUCAAAACACUUCUGCAAUUUAGCUCUGAUGUGGCCGUAUUGCUAGACUGGGUCCACUACCACAAUGUUCUCGCCCGUUUUUCACUAUUAUACUGGAAUGGAGAAGAGACGUCAGAGUUCCCGUCGACUCCCACAAAUCUCCUCUCUUCACAAGACUCCAGUCUGCCGCCGCCCAUCUACUCCAUGAUGGAUCUGCUGUCACAAAUAUGUGAUUUAUCCAACAGCGCAAUCCCGACAGGAACGAGCGACGAAGUGGAUAACUACAAGGGUUUCUUGAAAGUGUUGGAUUGGAGAAUCAGGAGCCUACCUAUCAAGGGUGACAACGAUGGUGAGAUGCUACUAAUGAAAUUAUACCAGCUCGCUCUGUUGUUAUUCCUCAACCGAAGCUUCGAAGGUCUGAUCGACCAACCAAUCAGGAUGCAGCAGCAAAUCGGCCAAGCCUUCGCCAUCUUGCCCAGACUAAGUUCCUGCAGACAGCAAUUUCCCAUAUAUGUCAUUGGCUGUGAAGCGCGAACGGAUGAGCAACGGGCCGCCGUCCUCGACUUGAUAACUAAGACGGAGAAGAUGAGCACAUCCCGAUCUUUCAAUCAUUGUAGGACACUAUUACAGGCUGUCUGGACUCAGGAUGACCUCGCGGAGUGGGAUGAUAUUAGCUAUCGCGCCAAGUUAACUUUAGUCAUAAGUCGUUGUGCAGUUGCCCCUAUCUUCGUAUAA